AUUUAAUCUGGCCCUCUGCCUCACAUCAGUGUUGCUUCAGCAUCUCAAGGUCUGAGCAGUCAGGGGUCCACACAGCUGCAAGAUUAUGGCACCAACAAAGAAGGGAAUCUUGGAGCGUCUUAACGCUGGGGAGGUGGUGAUUGGCGAUGGAGGCUUUGUGUUUGCCCUCGAGAAGAGAGGCUAUGUGAAGGCAGGUCCCUGGACCCCUGAAGCUGCUGUACAGUACCCUGAAGCAGUGCGACAGUUGCACAGGGAGUUCCUGAGAGCUGGGUCCAACGUCAUGCAGACCUUCACCUUCUAUGCCAGUGAUGACAAACUUGAGAACAGAGGCAACAACCUCAAACUGACUGGAGCUCAGAUCAAUGAGGCUGCCUGUGAUUUAGCCCGUGAGGUUGCCAAUGAGGGGGAUGGUGUUGUUGCUGGAGGAGUGUCCCAAACUCCAUCCUAUCUGAGCAGCAAGAGCGAGGCAGAUGUGAAAGCCAUCUUCAGAAAACAGUUGAACGUGUUCAUCAAGAAAAAUGUGGACUUCCUGAUUGCUGAGUACUUUGAGCAUGUUGAAGAAGCCGUGUGGGCUGUGGAGGUGCUGAAGGAGACAGGGAAGCCGGUCGCUGCUUCUAUGUGUAUUGGACCAAAGGGCGACAUGCAUGGUGUGCCAGCUGGAGAGUGUGCGGUCAGGUUGGUCAAAGCCGGUGCCCAGAUUGUGGGAGUCAACUGCCACUUUGACCCCAUGACCUGUGUGGAGACUGUGAAACUGAUGAAGGAGGCAGUGGAGAAGGCUGGACUGAAGGCUCACUACAUGGUGCAGCCCCUGGCAUACCACACUCCUGACUGCAACCGUCAGGGAUUCAUUGACCUGCCAGAGUUCCCCUUUGGUCUGGAGCCCAGGAUUCUGACUCGCUGGGACAUGCACAAGUAUGCCAGAGAAGCUUACAAUGCUGGCAUUCGCUACAUUGGCGGCUGCUGUGGAUUUGAGCCCUAUCACAUCAGGGCUGUGGCAGAGGAACUGGCUCCUGAGAGAGGCUUCCUUCCAGCUGCAUCAGAGAAACAUGGCUCCUGGGGUGCUGGUCUGGAAAUGCACACCAAGCCUUGGGUCAGAGCCAGAGCCCGACGUGAGUACUGGGAGAACCUGAAGCCAGCCUCCGGUCGUCCCCAAUGUCCCUCCAUGUCUGUCCCCGAUUCUUGGGGUGUCACCAAGGGCCACACUGAUCUCAUGCAACAGAAAGAGGCGACUUCUAAAGAAGAACUCAAACAGCUGUUUGACAAAUCAAAAACCCACUGAGUCAGUCGGUCUGUUUCAGACUCAGCAGCUGACACAAGCCGAACAGCUACCAAUCCAGAGCUACAGUGCUUCACCUAACAAACACAGCACCACUUGUUGAUGUUGACAUGAGCACUGCUCUGUGUAUCUAUAGACUGUAAACCUGGGGCCAAACCUGGUGUCUGAAAGAUAAGAGUUGGCCCCUGGUAAGACAGUGACCAUUUUGGUUUUCCAACCCUGGAUUAGUUUUUUAAUAAUAAAAUAACAUCUAAUAAAAUAUAAAUGGUC